AUGGCACCCCCAAGCUCGCGAAAAAAAGCGACGGUGACCUCCGAGACGCCGACGACAAACACCGAAUACCAGACCAUUGCUAAGCAAUUUGCUGCUGCCAACCGGAUCAAGCAGAUUGAGGAUGCUGCGCGGGCUGGUCGCGCAGACGCGCAUACAGAGCACAAUCGGGCUACCGCCCUCGAGCGGCGGCGAGCACUGCGUGAGGCUGCUCGCAAGUCAGCCUAUGAGCGUCGCUGGAUGUGGACCGUGGGUUUUUGGCUCUGGCUGGUGGUGGUGCACGCUGUGGGCAUCUUCUACUUCACAUCCGGCUUCCUGCUCACCCGGCUGGUCCUGGACGAGCAGUCAGGCUGUGCCGUGAGCCCGUUGGGCGAUGCUGGCAGCAGCCACAUUUCCGACCCGGCCAAGGGCUGCUGGCACCCCAAGACGUUUGAUCGUGCCGUCAUUGUGCUCAUCGACGCGCUCCGCUAUGAUUUCACAGUACCCGUCGGCAGCGGAAGCAUCAACGAUACACAGGCCGAACUCUUCCACAACUCGUUCCCCUUCCUCUACGAGACUGCCGUCUCCGACCCGACCCACGCGUUCCUGCGACCGUUCAUUGCCGACCCGCCGACUACGACGCUCCAGCGCCUCAAGGGCCUCACGACUGGCACCCUUCCCACGUUCAUGGACAUGGGCAGCAACUUUGCCGGCACCGCAGUCGAGGAGGAUAACCUGCUGGCGCAGAUGCACACCCUUGGCAAGACUAUCGUACACCUGGGCGACGACACCUGGACCGCACUUUUCCCGGGCUACUUUGCGCCCAACGUCAGCCGUGCCUACGACAGUUUCAAUGUUUGGGACUUGCACACGGUCGACAACGGUGUGCUCGACCACAUUUUCCCGCUCAUGGAGUCGCAGGUCCAAAAAGAGCACCCCUGGGACGUGCUCAUCGGCCAUUGCUUGGGCGUCGACCAUGCCGGCCACCGCUACGGCCCCAGCCAUCCGGCGAUGCGCGAGAAGCUGCAGCAGAUGGACGACUUCAUUCGGCGCCUAGUAGCCACGAUCGACGACGACACACUACUCGUUGUGAUGGGGGACCACGGCAUGGACAGCAAGGGCGACCACGGCGGCGAGAGCGACGACGAAAUCGAGGCCGCGCUGUGGAUGUACGCACGGCGCCCGCUGUUUGGCCGCACCGACCCGGCCUUUGUCACACCGCCUGCCACGGCCAAGGAACGCCCUGUCAAUCAGAUCGAUCUCGUGCCCACCCUGGCCCUGCUCCUGGGCCUUCCCAUCCCCUACAACAACCUAGGCUGGCCGAUUGAGGAGGCCUUUGUGGGCCCCAACGGCGACGACUGGGCCAAUCUGGCCACUGUGGGUGAGCUUACAGCUGCCGGCAUCGAUCGUUACCAGGCGUCGUAUGCGGAGGCACAGGGUUUCGAAAACGCCGACGCUCCGGUGCGACCGCCACUGAUCAAGUCCUCUUCCAAAAAGCAGACCAUGGCCGAAGCCUAUGCGGCCCUUGCCGUGUACCAGGCUGAGACGCUGCGCACCUGCAAGGAGCUGUGGGCCAACUUCGAUGUCGGCAGCAUGAUUCUGGGCAUCGCCAUCAUGGCCUCUGGCGUCAUAUCGCUGCUUUUGUAUGCCUCGCGCCGCGGCGAUACCGACGACGACGAUGAGGGCAUUGUGCUCAUCGAGGACGCGGAACUUGACCACGCCGAGAUGCUGCUCGAGCUCCAGGGUGAGCUGGUCGACGGCGAGGACCUGGCCAGCAAGAACAAGGACGACGACUCGGACUUGCUACAGCAGCAAACCCAGCAUGCAUGGCUUGUGGUGGGCGGUCUGGCCGGUGGCGUUCCCAUUUUGGCUGCCGGCAUCGCCUGGGCAUCUGUGGUGAGGAACGGCUCCGAGCCGUGGUACGCAUUCGCUGGCUACGCAGCCCUCGCAAGCACGCUUGUUGUAUCUGCGCAGCUGCUCGGCCGUGUUGGCCGGCGUCGCCUGUGGCGCCUGCUGCCGAGCAGCGUCUGGGGCUGGAUGGCGUUUGUGUUCACGGUUGCCCAGUCGGCCGGCUUUGCGUCCAACUCCUAUACUAUCUGGGAGGACAACAUCCUGCUCUUCUUCCUGGCCACGUUUGGCUUCGUGGCCGCACUGGCCUCACUACGCCUCGUUACGCCUGGCGACCGUGCCCUCGGCAUCUACCACGCCGUGAUGUUCGUUCUGCUGGGUCGCCUAGCAUCCCUGUCGAAGCUCUGUCGUGAGGAGCAGAUGCCGUACUGCACCUCUACCUACUACGCAUCUGCCAACUCGUCGACCUCGGCCGUUUGGCAGCUAGCCGUCCCCUUUGCAGUCUUCCUCAUCAUGCCCACGAUCGUGCGCUCCUUUUUCGAGCCGACGCGCUCUUAUGAGGGUCUGGCCCCGACGUGGAUCGGCUAUGUCUUCCGCGGCGGUCUCUUCAUGGCAGCUGUGUACUGGACGCUCGACGCCGCCGACAGCGGCAACUGGUGGGCCGACGCAUUCCCUGCGGGCACCGUCAAGACCGCUUCUGUUUAUGUUGCGCAGACGGUGCUGGGGCUCGCUCUUGUUGCAGGCACUGUGGGUUUUGUCUGGGCGGGCCCCUGCGUGUCUUUCUCGGCGCGCGCGGCGCCGGGGUCGAACCGUGCACAGGUGGCCGUCCUGGGCUACGCGAACGCACACGGCGCCCGAUACCUGCUGCUGGUGGUCAACUUGCUCGUUGCUGGGGUGCAGCUGUCGAAGCCCAUGGGUGGCGGUGCGCUCGCCCUGAUGCUGUGGCAAGUGCUUUCGCUGCUCGAGCUGCUCGACUUGCUCAAGUCGGGCGGCCCCCAAGAGCCCGACGGCGACGAGUCGGCCGCCAGCGGUGACCGUGGCACCAAUGUGAGCACGGGCAACCGUAGCCUGCUCGCAUCCAUUGAGGAGGAGGAGGAGGCGGGCCCCACGGCGACUAUCAACGGUGUGUCAGUUGCGACGGCCACGGAUGCUGCCUCGGCCAACGCUGCGGCAGCCGCCUCCACCGCAACCCCCUCGUCGGUCACUGUAAUCGGCCCGGUGAUUCUCGCCAUGCUCGCCAACUUCCACUACUUUACGACAGGCCACCAGGCCACCCUCUCUAGCAUCCAGUGGGACAGCGCCUUCAUCCCGCUCUUUUCGGUGCGCUACCCCUGGAGCCCUCUUGUCAUUGCAGCAAACACGUUUCCGGGCCACUUUAUUACCGUCGCCGCCGUGCCGGUCCUCGUUCUGUGGAAGACAGGCCCCCGGCGGCGGGGUGGCUUGCUGUCGCCGACGAGCCGCGCGCUGGCCGGCUUUGCCGCGUACUUUGCCGUCGAGGCCCUGGCCACGAUGGCGUGGGCCGGCCAUCUGCGGCGGCACCUGAUGCUGUACCGGGUGUUCAACCCACGCUUCAUGAUGGCGGCGGCAGCGUUGCUCGUCGUGGACAUUGCCGCUGUUGUGCUGGCGCUCGUGGGGCUGCGGUCCAACACGCUCGCGGUCAGUGAGGUGUUUGGCUGGGUGGACGACUAUUAG